GGUAUUGGCCGUUACGUUGACUCAUUUACAUUCCCGUUUUCUUGCAAUACUCAAAGCAAAGCUAUAUGAAAACGUGAGUAAGUAAUAUACCUACAGUCAUUAUCCCCUACAAACACUGUCACACUAGAGCCAUAUACAGAUUCAUUGCAUUGUUCUAAAAAAAGGGAGCAGUGGGGUGAAAGAAUGGAGGGGGGGGGGGAUAGAAGGUGUCUAGUCUAAUUGCCGCAUACAGGUAUCGGUCGUCGGCAAAUGUCCACAAUUUAGUGCAAUUUCUCGCUGUAUCGAUUAGGUCCGGAUAGAUAACGCAGCUGUCGGGUGAUCGUUUGUUUCGCAAUCGCACCCGCCCCCUUCUGUCUUCUUGCUUAGAACCGUUUUUCUAUCGGCUUUACCUACCUUUCAUUCUCGUGUUUUGCAUGUUUCCGAGAAAUUACAAGAAAAUAGGGAAAAAUAGUAUCAAGUAUAUUGGAGACAUUUAUAUGGUUUUUUUUAUAAAUGGUCUACGCCUAAAAUGAAAGAAAAUCUAACAGUGUUUGUAGUAAGAAGAAACAAGAAAUCAAAUUGCUCCAAAGAAAGAAAGAAAAAUAACAUACGAAAUCGGCGAACAACACAUAGCACAUGCACGCAGAUUGCCAGCAACAAAACCACAAGCGCUUAUUAGUUUUAUUGCGAAUAGUCCAGACGAAACGAGGAGGGGGUUUUGUACAAUAGAGUGUUAAACAAAACAUAUUUCGUUUCUAUCGCAAACUGUACGAUUGGCUUUUUGUAGGAUAACUGGACGAAAAUCGGAGAGGAAAUAUCGUAACCGUAAGCCUAACAGCAACGAUGGAGACGCGUGCAUAAGAUAGGGAGAUAUGUUAUGUGCUACUACCCCCAUUCUCACCCCCGCAGCAUCGCAUUCCUACUUCCCCAAAUGAAUAAGAAGAUCGAGAGAUUUGAAUUUUUAUUUGCAAAUCUAUGCUUCAUUACUGUGAGAACGUGUUGUUAUUUAUUGUUUAUCUCGAUACGGGCACUAUCUAGUCAACACAGACACACUGGAGAACAAGGAAGGGGACGGAACAUUCCUUACUCAACUCUGAAGAGUUUUCACGUAACAGGGCUUCAAGCUUUCAAGGUGGUUCAAGCUGGCUAUCCUUGCAAUACCGCCUAACUUUCUUAUGCUCCCUCUUAUGAUGGAAUUUUGCAUGGACAGACAGAUAGACAGAGAGAAACAGAGAGAGGAAGGAAGGGGGGAAAAAGAGCGUUGAUCUCGUUUCAGCGGCGACCCCGUGAGGGAAAGCGCGAUUGAACGAUUUACAACAGAGUAAACAGAGACACAGCACCCCCUGACUCCCCGCCUACUUUCCGACGCAACGUUUCAGCGCGCACUCUCGUAGAUUCUACACGUAAAUACCGAAGUUUACACUCUAGCGAUCAACAACACUAUUUAAUAGAUACGAAAUCAAAAGGCAAAGAGCAAACUUUACGAUAUCUAAUCUAAAACGGUAAUGCCCUACCGUGCAAGGGUGAGAGAGGUCUGAACCCCUUUCCGAAUGAAAAUUCCACGACACAGGACGACAUGCAGUUUUCGGACGGAAUCGCGAACGCGCUCUAAUCAAAAAAGGGUUACUCAAGUGUUGACGAAAGAUGAAAGCGUGUGAGAGAGUGAAAGACAAGCUGCUGGCACUUUGUCCACUGCUUGAUAGAAGGUACUGGAAAGAGAAUGUUUCCAAAUUAAUGCUUCAACAAGGCAGCCAUCACUAAGGGAACAGCAAAAGUCAACGGGGACGAGAGGGGCUUACAGAAAUCCAGAAAAGGGUCGGAAUGGAAGCAUAGGGGAAAUGGUCUGCGAUUUUAAGCAGUCCCGUAUAUCGAGCUGGAGGUUUGUUGCACGACGGCAAAAAAGUGAGCAACAGAGUAACCGUUACGGUACAGACUGAUGGACAGACCGUUGGAACUCAGUCUGCAACGAAAUAAAACAAGCAGAAAAACCAAAACAAAAAAUUAACUGAAAACAGCAAACUGUAAUAUUAGCAUGCGCAUACAACCAAAAAACUAAAAAAGAAACAAACAAAUACAACAGCAAAAACAAAAAAAAAUCGUCACAAACAUCUACUCACAGCAUUGUAAUGUAAUUGCUAGGAACUGCGGUGCAUAAUGCGAGAAAACACACAAUUCUAAGAACAAAUGCUUACCGCCGUCAUUUACUCCUUAUCGCAGCUCCCUCGUGCAUGUCCUGUUCAUUGUUUUGGCAGUGAUGUAAGUGGGUGAAUAAAGUGAGACAACAAAGUGGUUAAGAGUGGAUGCUUUUGCGUAGGAAAGGUUGGGUAAGGUGCACAACGGUAGCAUUCCUUGUGGAUGGCACGCGUGCACGUGGUUUUGCAGUUUCUAGGGAAAGCAAUGCUUUGCAAUAACUCGUUAACUUGUAAAUGGCAGCAAGCUUACAUUUAGGCAUGCGAGUGUAAUGCUUCGGCAUGAAGUAUGAAACUAACUAAUGGCCAGUGCGGAAAGGAACCACAACCACUCACACCAUACACACGUACACACACCUCCCAAUCGCAAAUUGGCAUAGAUAGCUGCAGUAGGAAGUACUUAAUAGAGGCGCCAGCGGAAAUAAAGUUGAAAUGGAGUUAGCUAAAACGACUGCUCGGUGCUCGGUGUCACACACAAACAAACACACAUAGUUCACAAAAGAUGAAAAAAGAAAACCAGAAAAAAAGAACAAACCAUUUUACUAGCAACUCUUGCACUGGACACUCAUUAAAGGAAGAAUAUGAAGCGGAUAGAUUAAACAAUAAAAACACACACAUACACACAUACAACAAAGGAUACAUUGAAAUGAUAAUGCACCUGUUCGAUGAAUGCAAUGAGAAAAGUACAUAAUGUGUAAAGGUCCGAGGGUCCGGGGGCAGAGAAAGGUCAGAACAAAACUGGAAUAAAAACAAGGGCAAGGCUACUGUGUAAAAGUGUAAAACUAAUGGUUUUUUGUAUAAAGAAGAUAAUAACAAAUAAAUCGAUCAAAAGUAUAAUUGUUCAAACCGUGAAGCAAGAAAGCCUAUUAGAACCGGUGUCCGGAUGGUUGGUUGGCUGGGGUCCGCUCGCGCCGCUCGCUCGGUGCUCCUAUAGUUGGCGUGCUGUAGUCAGAGGCAGAGCGAGACCGAAGGCAAAGAGAUAGAUAGAGAGCGAAAGAGACGUUGGGAAAGUUAGUAAUGGGCAU